AUGGAAAAGGCGAAGUUGGUACUGCUGCCGAAGACCGGAACCUCGGGUGACCCAUCGGCGUACAGACCAAUUUGCCUGAUCGCACGACGGGUAUACUUCUCGGAGAUCAUCCUCAACGAGCUCACCCCGUACGCAGAGGGUACGGAUUGCCUGUUGAGUAACCAGUUGGUUUUCGGAAGGAAAAUUAGACGUAGUCGUAAAAUUGCAGAGUUGCGCCCUUUUUCUUCCAAAAGUAAAAACCACGGUCUGACCGACUUCAGCAAAAAGAAGGCUUGCAAGGAGAAAGUAUGCAAAGAACGACCGGCCCAAACGUCCCCAGAAAAGCCCGAAUCAUGCGGGGAUAAACCCGAAGGCGUCACAACAUGGCGCACCUGCCCGGAUCCAGCCAAGCAAAAAAAGUUCUCCUGCGAGGACAAUCAACCACAUGGAAUUGCACGGAGAACGAAACUUCAGGUUGCGGCCAAAUCCCCCUGCACGACCCCAGCGCCUUCGCUGCAGGCCCCCGACUGUUUCAUAGCGAAAACCCAGCUUUGCCCGAGGGCCUCGAUGCCCGGCUGCGGGAAGGCCAGGAUCCCGCCCCGUUGCGAACCGAAAAAGGCGGUCCGUGGUUGCGUCAGAGCGGCACCGCCCGUUGCGUCUUUUUCCGAGUGCUACAAAUUCCCGUUUCUGCCGCCGCUCCGUUCGGAGUGCACCUGCUUGACGGCAAAGAAAAUUUGUAUUUAUUGAAGGACGAGAUGAAUAUUUAAAAACAAUAUUGUUAAGCUGAGCUCAGAUAGAAACAAUUGUCAUAAAAACGUAGAAGGCAAAAUAAAUAUGUAUUUAUAUUACAUUUUA